CGGGCCUGGGCUUCACGGGGCCCUCCUUGACACUCUUGAUACCCAGCUCUCGGCCCUGCACAACAACACCACUGGAGUCUGUUCGAACUCACCAGAUCCGCCAUGUCUCAUCCAAUCCUUAUUUUCGGUGGCGGCUGGAUCGGAAAAGAGUUUGGCUCGCGCGAAGAAGUCUCGGAUUUGCUCAAGACACUUCAAGCGCGAGGCAUCACCCGGCUUGACACGGCAGCUCGCUAUCCGCCGACGGACCCGGGGGCUUCCGAGCGCCUGUUGGGAGAGGCUGGAGCCCCCAGCCGCGGGUUUACUAUCGACACCAAGGUGUUGUGCUCUGGAGACGGUUCCGGGUCUCUCGAGCCCGCGGCUAUCGAGGAGUCCGUGAAAGCGAGCCAUGAGAGAUUGCAGCUGCACGAUGGCAAGAUCAAUGUCCUCUAUGCGCAUAGGCCGGAUCCCAAGACCCCCCUGGAAGAGCAGGCUGCCGGCUUGAAUGCGCAGUACGAGAAAGGCCUGGUCAAUAAGAUCGGCUUGUCCAACUUUCCUCCGUCCAUGCUAGCGGAGUUUCUGGAGAUUUGUGACAAGAAAGGUUAUGUCAAACCGAGUGUGUAUCAGGGACAGUACAACCUGGUACGCCGCGAAGCCGAGACGACGCUGUUUCCCAUCCUUCGGAAGCAUGGGAUGACUUUCAUUGCCUACAGUCCUCUGGCUGGAGGCUUCCUCAGUGGUCGGUUCACUGCAGGGGAGACGGAGGGCACUCGCUUCGCCGAGGGCCACAUCGCGGCCCAGAUCCUCAAGGCACAGUUCGACAAGAAGGAGAUGCAUGACGCUCUCAACCACCUCGGUGAGGUCAUCAAGCCCCUAGGCAUCUCCAAGGCGGAGGCCAGUCUGCGCUGGCUCUGCUAUCACUCUGCUCUUGGGCCUGAUGAUGGCGUCAUCCUCGGUGCGAGUAAGCUAUCCCAGCUUACGGAAAACGUGGAGGCAAUCUCCCGGGGUCCGCUCCCUGACUCUGUCGUCUCUGCUGUGGACAAUAUUUGGCGUACCAUCUCUGAGCAGAAGUGAGUUGCGUUUGGCGGGUUCCUCCGCUUCGUAGCUGGGGAAAAGGAGGGAAAACUUCCGUCCGAAGGGUUGUUACUUGUAGGUUAGUGGUCUCAACGGUGGAGCUUUUCUGGAGAAAGAGCGCGACCCCACAGGCCAGCAGACAGUGCCUC